UAAUUGACCCCUCACCUUCUAUCUCACCCUCGUAACCUCGUUUCCUCUCCACUCCAAUAACCACUGUUCAACUGCAACGAUACCACUCACUCACCUAUAACUUCGCCAAUCGCCAGAGGGAAGAGCAAGGCUGAACCAAUUUAGAGUCGAUCCUAGUACAAUUGGAGUACAAUUGGAUGUGGAUAUUAUGCAUCUUUGGAUUAUACUAAAUCUGGAUUCAGUGGCAAUUGGAAAUCUGUGUUACAAAGGAUUUGAGUAGUGAAUGAAAAUCAAGAUUUUAAAUACCUCAUAUGUAGAAUCAAAAUCAAAAUCCGAGUCAUUUUUCCAAACGGGGUCUUACGUAUUUUGCUUCUAGCUAGGAUUUGGGUGAGAUUCGGGCAAAGCUUGCAUUUUGGUUUUUGGGUCUUUUCUUUUAGGUUGAUAGAAUCAUUGAUUAGCUUGUGGGAAAGGAAAAUGGUUGCAUUUCUUGGAGGAAAUUAAGCAACAGGAUAUUGAUAUUAUGAUUAAACUCAGCUGCACAUGUUCAAAUGAUAACUAGGAAAAUAGAAUUGCAGCUGUUGUUGUAGUGCAAUUCUUUUUCUUAUUCCAUUUGGCUUCGACAAUGGAAAAUGAAAGCUUUAAUUAAGGUUGUGCUCUUGAGCACACUGAGCUUGGAGCUGCUUAUCAAAAGUGAGAAACCCCCAUAGACCAAGAGAGUGGUUGAUCAAUGGCGUCACAAUCAGAUCACCAGGCUAAGAUAAUUGAUGGCAAAGCCAUAGCACAGGCCAUCCGAUCUGAAAUUGCUGAGGAAGUUCGCCAUCUCUCUCAGAAAUAUGGCAAGGUCCCUGGACUGGCAGUAGUGAUUGUGGGGAGCAGGAAGGACUCCCAAAGCUAUGUCAGCAUGAAGCGAAAGGCAUGCGCUGAAGUUGGCAUUAAAUCUGUCGACAUAGAUCUCCCUGAGAAUGUGUUCCUAGAUGAUCUCAUAGCCAAAGUUCACGAAUUAAAUGCGAAUCCUGAUGUACAUGGCAUACUUGUUCAGCUUCCAUUGCCAAGGCAUAUUAAUGAAGAGAAAGUGUUAAGUGAAAUCAGCAUCGAGAAGGAUGUAGAUGGGUUUCAUCCUCUCAACAUCGGCAAACUUGCAAUGAAAGGCAGAGAACCUUUAUUCCUCCCUUGCACUCCCAAGGGCUGUCUUGAACUUCUGUCGCGGAGUGGUAUAAGCAUAACGGGAAAAAGGGCAGUCGUGGUGGGAAGAAGUAACAUAGUUGGAUUGCCAGUUUCAUUGCUGCUUUUGAAAGCCAAUGCUACUGUUACCGUGGUUCAUUCCAACACUCCUGAUCCAGAGAGUAUCAUUCGUGAAGCGGACAUUGUUAUUGCUGCAGCAGGACAGGCAAUGAUGAUCAAGGGUAGUUGGAUAAAGCCAGGUGCUGCAGUUAUAGAUGUUGGCACAAAUGCUGUAGAUGACUCCAGUAGAAAGUCAGGUUAUAGAUUGGUCGGGGAUGUAGAUUUCCAGGAAGCAUGUAAGGUAGCUGGAUGGAUAACUCCGGUUCCUGGUGGAGUUGGCCCGAUGACUGUUGCAAUGCUUCUCAAGAACACAUUGGAUGGUGCUAAGCGAGUGAUUGUGCAGUAAGGGCAGCUGUUAAUCUUUCUUAGUCCCCAUAAUAAGCUGUUGCUAAUUUCAGGAGCUAAUUUUGCAAUGGAGUUCACAGGUUUUGAUUGGAAAAUCCUGUAGUUUUCACUGAUAUUGCAUGUUGUCAUGCAUCUUGUAGUAAACUAAAUCCUUUCUGUAUUUGAUUUAUCUCCCCAAAUUCAUUUUAUAUCUCUAUAAUUAUUGUAUAUUCUGUCAACUAAAGUAAACCUAUAUAUUUACCAAAGAAAGAAAUAC